UUCCUUCAUUUUCUCUUGAGUCGUGUGACUCUUCUCCGUCUCUCUGCAAUUCUAAAGCCCUUUCUUCCUCUUUCUCCCGCUGUCUUUGCUGUACUUCUCUCUACUAAACGCUAACCCUAACCCUAACCCUAACUCUGACCAAGUACUUCUCAUUGUCAGCUCUUGAAACCUCACAAGAAACUGCUCUUCUGGCGGCCUCUACAAUGGCAGGAUCCGCCAUUUCUGCCCAAAAUUCUCUUUCUUUCACUUCCUCUGAAACAGCGCUUCAGACUCUUGGAAUCUCAAAGGUGCCCUGUUCUGAUGGUAACCAUGGCUUGAGAAUUUUUGGAUCAAUUGUUAAGCAGGGGUACACAUUGCGAGCACAGGGUGCUAGAAAUGUACAGCACAUUAAGUCCACAGCUACUGAGGCUCCUCCCACAAUUCACAGAUCGUCAACUGGUCCGAGAACUAAAAUUGGGAUCAAUGGUUUUGGUCGAAUUGGAAGGCUGGUCUUACGUGUGGCUACCAAGAGGGAUGAUGUUGAGGUUGUGGCCGUCAAUGAUCCUUUCAUUGAUGCAAAGUACAUGGCCUACAUGUUUAAGUAUGAUUCAACUCAUGGCGUUUUUAAGGGAACAAUCAAAGUUGUGGAUGACUCUACAUUGGAAAUCAAUGGGAAAAGGAUCACAGUUACAUGCAAAAGGGAUCCAAAAGAGAUUCCCUGGGGUGAUUUUGGAGCAGAAUAUGUUGUUGAAGCCUCUGGGGUUUUCACCACAUUGGAGAAGGCUUCCGCUCAUCUUAAGGGUGGGGCCAAAAAGGUGGUGAUAUCUGCACCAUCCGCCGAUGCACCUAUGUUUGUGCUGGGAGUAAAUGAAAGAAAUUACAAGCCAAGCAUGGACAUUGUAUCAAAUGCGAGCUGUACUACCAAUUGUCUAGCUCCUCUUGCUAAGGUUGUGCAUGAGGAGUUUCGUAUCGUCGAAGGUCUAAUGACUACUGUGCAUGCAACCACAGCAACCCAGAAGACUGUGGAUGGUCCGUCAAUGAAGGACUGGCGUGGAGGUCGGGGUGCUGGCCAGAACAUCAUUCCAAGCACCACAGGAGCUGCAAAGGCUGUAGGAAAGGUUCUUCCUGAAUUAAAUGGAAAGCUCACUGGAAUGUCAUUCCGGGUCCCAACAGCAAAUGUCUCGGUUGUGGACUUGACAUGUCGCCUUGAGAAACCCGCUUCUUAUGAGGAUGUCAAAACAGCCAUUAGGAUUGCAUCAGAGGGGCCAAUGAGAGGCAUCCUGGGAUACACAGAUGAGGAUGUUGUCUCCAGUGACUUUAUCGGUGAUACAAGGUCGAGCAUCUUCGAUGCAAAGGCUGGCAUUGGCUUAAGUACUUCGUUCAUGAAGCUCGUUUCAUGGUACGACAAUGAAUGGGGCUACAGCAACCGGGUGGUUGAUCUGAUUGAGCACAUGUCAUUGGUGGUUACCGCUGCACACAAUUGAGAGGCGGAGAUUUGCUGGUUUUUUGUUUGUUCUCUCUUCCCCAUCGUGUGAGAGGGCCCUUGUGUGUGCAAUCGUUGAUGGGGAUGUGCUGAAGAAUAAGAAACGACGGAGAGAGUGAAGGUGAGAGUUGUGUUUAAUCAUUUACAAUCUUGGACUCAUAAUAUUUUUUAUAUUAUAUUGGACUAUUUAAUUAGCAGUUUGGAGAUCCUACUCCAAUCAAUGCUUGUAUGUGUCCCUGCUUGCUUUGGAUUCAUGGGCAUUGAGUACAUAUGCCUUGGGAAUAUGAAGGACUUAGUACACCCUUGCAGCAGCUGAACCGCAGCCUCCUUUUUUGUGGAGAGAGAUGCAGCCUCCUUGGUUGUGGGGUGAGAGAGGCUUUCUGGUGUGGAGAAAGUGAGAGUACUCGUGUUGGAUAGAUGAUAAUUAGGAGUCUAUUGCUCUUGCUUUGUAUAGAAAAGAGGGUGCGCCCAUAUUGCAUAUACAUCGUCGUCAAAGCUUUUUCAUAACUAA